AAACAAACCCCCUAUCCUACAUAGCUUCCUCCUAUUCAGUUAUUAUAUAUUGUAACCUUUUCCAUACAAUAUCUAAAACUGACCUUCUUUCGAUAUCUCAAAUCGAAGGAAUUAUCAUUCAUCAUGGGUGUCAAAACUGUUGAGUUCAAGUCCUUUGCCGACCAAAAACCCGGAACCUCGGGUCUUCGAAAGAAGGUCAAGGUCUUCCAACAACCACACUAUAGCGAGUCUUUUAUCGCUAGCAUCCUACUCUCCAUUCCCGAAGGAGUUGAGGGUUCCUUCCUAGUUAUUGGCGGCGACGGCCGAUUCUGGAACCCCGAAGCUAUCCAGUUGAUUGCUAAAAUCGGUGCUGGAUACGGUGUGAAGAAGUUGUUAAUUGGUCAAAAUGGCAUUCUGUCUACACCCGCUGCCAGCCAUGUUAUUCGGAAACGGAAGGCCACUGGAGGAAUUCUUCUGACUGCCAGUCACAACCCCGGUGGCCCCACCCAAGACUUCGGCAUCAAGUACAACCUAUCCAACGGCGGUCCUGCUCCAGAGAGUGUAACAAACAAGAUUUACGAAGCCUCCAAGACUCUCACCUCCUACAAGCUUGCCGAUAUUCCUGACGUGGACAUUGCUACCAUUGGCACCAAGACGUAUGGCAACCUCGAAGUCGAAAUCGUCGACAGCACAGCGGACUACAUACAAAUGCUCAAGGAAAUCUUCGAUUUUCCUUUAAUUAAGAAAUUCUUCAAGGACAACUCCGACUUCAAAGUUCUCUUUGACGCUCUACAUGGUGUUACGGGUCCGUAUGGAAAGGCAAUCUUCGAGGAGGAGCUGGGACUUGCCAACUCUACACAAAACUGCAUUCCCAGCCCUGAUUUCAACGGCGGACACCCAGACCCCAACCUCACAUAUGCGCAUUCGCUAGUGGAGGUUGUUGACAAGAACUCUAUCCCCUUCGGCGCUGCAUCCGAUGGAGAUGGAGACCGGAACAUGAUCUAUGGUGCUGGUGCCUUCGUAUCGCCCGGUGACAGUUUAGCCAUUAUCGCUCAUCACGCAAAACUCAUCCCUUACUUCAAGAAGCAGGGUGUUUAUGGCCUUGCCCGUAGUAUGCCAACUUCUGGCGCAGUUGACCUUGUAGCUAAGGCUCAGGGGUUGAACUGCUACGAAGUGCCCACAGGCUGGAAAUUCUUCUGUGCCCUUUUUGAUGCUGACAAGCUAAGCAUUUGUGGCGAGGAAAGCUUUGGCACCGGUAGCAACCACGUUCGCGAAAAGGAUGGUCUAUGGGCUGUUGUAGCAUGGCUCAACAUCAUUGCUGGUAUCGGAGAGGCCAACCCCGGGACUAAACCAAGCAUCAAGCAAAUUCAAGAAGAUUUCUGGCAGACCUAUGGCCGGGUAUUCUUUACCCGAUACGACUACGAGAACGUGGACUCUGAUGGCGCCAACAAGGUCGUUGGAACCCUAAAAGAUUUUGUUGCCGAUCCAAAAUUCAAGGGCAGCAAGAUUGGAGAACGUACAGUGACCGACGCUGGAGACUUCUCCUACACCGAUCUAGACGGCUCAGUUGCUUCCCACCAAGGCUUAUACGCCCGCUUUGACAGCGGCAGCCGUAUCGUUGUCCGGCUGUCUGGUACUGGCUCUUCUGGAGCUACUAUUCGUCUGUAUAUUGAGAAGUACAGCAAGGAUCCAUCCACAUACGGCUUGGAUGCUCAGGAUUUCCUCAAGGACGAGAUCAAAUUCGCAACAGAUCUACUAAAGUUCAAGGAGUACGUUGGACGGGAUGAGCCUGAUGUUAAGACGUAAAAAAGGGAAAGGGAAAGGGAAAAAUGUCGAUAGAAAGGGAUCAACUACAGAAUCGUAGAAUUAGGCUAUUUCUUGGAAUGACAACCCGAUCGAAUAGCGCUACCUAGGUAAAUAAAAAUAUAUCGUGAUGAAUCCAGUAUAAUUUGAGGGCAUACAUAAAAGAUUAAGCGGCCUAUUCCGAGCAACCACGUGUUCAUCGUCUCAAAUACUAUGUUCAAAGAUUCCUGAGCACUACCCUCGCUAUUAAGAAGCUAGGUAUGAUUUGGAAUAUUCAAUACGUUCGCGUAUCAU